UCAGAAUCUACAGAGCAGCUGUAGUGUGUUUGGUUCUGCUGUGUGUUCUUCUGCUGACUGCAGUCAUAGUGCUGUGUGUCAUCUUCACUCAAGAUAGACAACAGCUCAUAUCCAAGAAUGAAAUCAUGAGCAGUGAAAGAGAGCAGCUAAGAAAUGAACUUCUGACUCUUGAUGAAUGGAUUUACUAUCAAUCCAGUUUUUACCACUUGUCCACUGAGAGGAAGAACUGGGACGACAGCAGACAAGACUGUCAGAAGAGAGGAGCAGAUCUGAUCAUCAUAAACAACAGAGAGGAAAAUGAGUUUGUUAUGAAAAUUACUGAUAAAAGAGAAUUCUGGAUUGGUCUGACUUACAAAGAAGUGGAGGCUAGCUGGAAAUGGGUUGAUAGCACCCACAUGACCUCUGGGUUCUGGGCAUUUGGAGAGCAUUCUGGACUAACAAUAAAGAAUUGUGUUGUGACAAGCUGGCCUUUUUUAGGGUGGCAUGAUGUUAUAUGUGAUGAUGCUUAUCAAUGGAUCUGUGAGAAGAAGUUUCCCCGCCUUAUAUGGCCCUAGGAACAUCAUACAACUUUUACAAAGCUUUCAUAAUUAAUGAUUAUUUUGUAAAGCAGGGGUGUCCAAUCCUACUCCUGCAAAACAAUCUUUGCAGGUGACUUUAGCUUCAAACCUAAUUAAACACACCUGAACCAAGAUUUUCAAGAUUACAAUAAAUUUUCAGGCAAUUGUGUUGAAAUGAAACUCUGCAUGAUGG